AUGGUAAAGGAAGCUGCAAUGGUGUUCUACGAAGAAUGCAAUAAUGCGCGAUACAACGAAAUUGAACCAGAGCGGUGUUCGUUGACAUUCGUGGAAUCGAUUGAAUCUGUUCAUGAGGAAGCGAGUGGCAGUAUACCAUUGGAAGGGUUGACCGAAUUGCCGACUUGUGCGGUUUGUUUGGAACGUAUGGACGACAGUGUGUUGACAAUUCUGUGUAAUCACACUUUUCAUGCAAAAUGCCUUCAGCAAUGGGCAGAUACGACUUGUCCAGUUUGUCGCCACGGUCAAACACCCGAGCUGACACCCGAUCAGAAAUGUUUCGAUUGCGGUAAAACAACAGAUUUAUGGAUUUGUCUAAUAUGCGGUAAUAUUGGUUGUGGUCGAUAUGCUGAUGCACAUGCGUAUAGGCAUUUCGAAGCCACUUCACAUACGUUUACGUUGCAAAUUGGCGGUGAGCGGGUGUGGGAUUAUGCGGGCGAUAACUACGUUCAUCGUUUGAUACAGAGUGCUACGGAUGGUAAGGUGGUGGAAUUCGAACGAAAUGCUACUGCGCAGAGCGAUGUUCGUUUCUUCUGCGAUUGUUUGUACAAAUUUGACAGUUUUAGUUUUUUGUUCUUUGAAGGGAACAUUUUUAUUUGA